CAGGUUUAUACUGUCGUUUAAUUCCGUUUUAUCUUCUUAUUAGUAACCGAAUACGAUUAUAAUCACAACGUGUCUUUGUAUAUUUUAGUUGUCUAUCUACGAAAAUAUAUUUGACAUCACAACGUAAACGAUAACAGUGAGUAGUAGAAUAUUUAUAAAAUACGAGUGAGCAUGAACGCAGCAUCCUCUGUCCGACGUUGUGGAAGCAACAAGCUCGACCGGACCAAACGUUCUCUGCUGCAGUGGUACAGUACCUACUUUUUACGGGAAUACACCUACAAAACGACACUAUCGGUGCCCUAUUUUUUUACAGUCCGCACUGAAUUCAAAGGAAGAUGUCAGUGGAAUAUAAAGAUGACCAGGAGGACUGGCUGACUGUGUGUCUGAAGUACCUUCUGUUUGUGUUCAACUUUCUCUUUUGGGUGGGUGGAGCUGCAGUUCUGGGCGUUGGAGUGUGGACACUGGUGGAGAAGAGCGACUACUUGAGUCUCUUGGCUUCCAGCACUUUUGCUGUGUCUGCAUAUAUCCUUAUCCUGGCCGGCAGCCUGGUGGUAGUCACUGGAUUCCUGGGCUGUUGUGCUGUCAUCCGGGAACAGAGGAGCUGUUUGUCAACGUAUUUCUUCUGCCUGCUCUUUAUCUUCCUGAUUGAACUGGUGGCUGGAGUUCUUGCCUACGUGUACUACCAGAAGCUGAGCGAGGAACUGAAGCAGCAUCUCAACCAAACUAUGACUGAAAACUAUGCCCAGCCAGGAAAGGAGGCCAUCACACUGGCUGUCGAUCGACUACAACAAGAUUUUAAGUGCUGUGGCAGCAACAACUCCCAUGAUUGGGUGGCCAGUGUGUACAUUUCCUCAAAGCAGGCGGAAAACAGAGUUGUGCCCGACAGUUGCUGUAAGACCAUAACUCCAGUGUGUGGCCGCAGAGACCACCCGUCCAACAUCUACAAAGUGGAGGGAGGAUGCAUCACUAAGCUGGAGCAGUUUCUGGCAGACCACUUGUUGGUCAUUGGUGCUGUGGGAAUAGGAGUAGCCUGUCUGCAGGAAAAUGCAUCCCCUGACCAUCCAGAGCCACGUCCUGACAAAGUCAAAGUCACCAGUCGCUGGUUCGACACGUGCCUGAAGGUACACGGUGAGAGUCUGUACCAGAGAGUGCCAGCCUAUAAGAGAAGCUGCAUCAGAGGAGCUUUUGUUAAAGGUGCUGUGCUCUUAUACAGGGAGGCUCUGGCUCUGCUGCGUCGUUGGCAGCGUCCACAUUCUGUCAGGACCUGGUGGUCUUCCUCUGUCCUCCCUCCUGUCUGUCCUCAGCACGUCCCACCUCUUCCUCCUGGGUGUUUCCUGCACAGGUCAUCUGCUGAGCCAGACCUGGCGCUGUGACCUUCAGUAGCACGGAGCUGGAACAGGAAGAGGAACUUCUCUGACAUUAAAGAACUGCUGACCUUUUGUACGUGGGCUUGGUGUGUCAUAGGACGAUUACUGUGGAUAUAUAAAAAAAAAAAAAACUUGACGACAUUGAGAAAGGUCAGAUGGAAAUGACCAAUAUUAGUCAUUAGAUGUCAGAGUUUUAACACACCUAAUGUGAACAUUUAAAUUGAAAAAAAUGAAAAAAAAAUUUAUUGAUAAUUUGAUAUUUUUGUUAAUGCUCAGUCACUAAAACGUUUUACACAUCAGCUGUCAAAUACAGUGACUUAAAAAAAAAAGGUUCAGCUGUUGUGGUAGAAUUUAGAAUUUCCUGAGACCUACAGCGGUCGACAGUCAUCAAGAGUCGUCAUCAAGUGAAGGCGAUAGAGCAAAACGACACGGAGAACAUUGGUCACAACAGCUGUUCAGAGGUGUAGAGCUCUACUCUAGGAGCUCCAAGAACUACCUGCGCCUCAUGUCAGAAAAUU